AUGACUGUUGCGGCAAAAAUACGGGGCCUUAAAGCAAAGAGGGUGUCAUGGGUUUUCAUAACCUCUUUCGCGGUUUCUGGUGAAGAAACAACAAUGGUGGAAACUUCACCAAGUUGUAGGUGCAUUAGGGGUCCAUGUUUCUUGGCCAAGUCUCUAAGGCCUCGGAAGGGAAGAGAACCGGCCAAUUGGUGCAAAUUUCCUAUGAAAGGUAGCUUCCACGGGCCGGGUGGCAGAUUUGAAACUGAAUUACUGGAUUUUGAUCCAUUUCUCCUUUUCAGGAGAAUGAACACAAAGAAAAAGAAGGUCAAAAGUGCAGAGAAGGAUGAGAAUUGA